UUUGAGGUACUGAUUUCUAUGAACCGCAACUGAAAGCUUAGCUACUGUUGGGAAAGAUGAAAGCUUUACGAAGUUGUUGUUCCAAGGCCAUCAUUGAGAAGCAUAAAGAUGUAGGGUUUUCUUGUUUCUUCAAGGAUCUUUCUCGUAAUAGAGCUGAAUUAUGCUUAUUCCCUGCAAAAGAUGUUAGAAUCCGGUGCUUGCAUUUGCUUUCUCUGCGGCAACACAGGCGCCUUCAGCCUUUUCUUUCAUCUUCUUCUCCCUCACCAGACUCACAGGUGGACUUGGAGAGUAUUGAAAAUCCUGAACAAGAGAUUCCAUCAAAGACUGUUAAUGUCAAAUUCGAGUUGCAGAAAGAGUGUUCAUUUGGAGAGCAGUUUUUCAUAGUAGGGGAUCAUCCUUUGUUAGGGUUAUGGGAUCCUGAAAGUGCUCUACCACUGACUUGGUCAGAAGGACAUGUUUGGACAGCAGAGCUGGGCAUACCUGUUGGAGUAUCUAUCCAGUUCAAAUUCCUUCUCAAAACUCGAACUGGGGACCUUUUAUGGCAACCGGACCCAGAUCGGAUUUUUGAAUCCCUUGAAACCGAGAAUACCAUUAUUGUUUGUGAGGACUGGGAAAAAGCUGAAAAUCAGAAAGUCGUUGAAGAAGAGCUGAUCGCUAAUGAAGAUGGACCUCUUCUUGAUUCUGAGAUGGCAAUUGCUGUAGAAAACUUUAAACCUCCGGAGGAAGAACUAAUCGCUGAGGCAAAUCCCACCUCUCCUGGAAUGGAACAAUUACAAGCAUUAUCCGAGGAAUCAGCAACCGGCGAUGUUGAUACUUUACUAGAGAAGCCCUUGCCUAUCGUUGCUGAGAAUAUUAGUUACCCAGAAGAAGACUUUAUAGCAAAUGCAGAUAAUGGAGUGCUCUGUUCGAGUAAAACUAACUACCCGUAUGAUGAGGCUUUGGAUGUUUCAAAUAUGAAUGCUUUGAUAGCAGAAGACCUUGGAGAAAACGACAGAGUAGAAACCGCCGAUGCCGAAGGAAAUUUGGAAGAAUAUGAAGGUAAUCCUGUCCUAGUGCCUGGCUUGAGUCCAGUAGAAACAAUGUCAGCUGAAGAAUCAAUGGUGAGUGAAGAUGACAAAAAUAUUACAACUGAUGCAUCGGUUGGAGUUAAUGAAGCUUUAAAUCAGAGAUCGUCCGAGCCAGAAAAAAAGCAAGAACCCGAAGGUACACCACAGGAAAAAGAAACAACUGCAGCAAUCAAGGACUACAGGGAACAAAAUAUCAACCAACAUAUUCAGGAACCCGUAAAAGCAAAAGAUCACAAAAAGCUCAACCAACAUAUCCAGCAGCCCCUAGUAGCCGAAGAAGAGGAGCAGCUCAAUCAACAUAUUCAGGAUCCCCUAGUAGCCGAAGAAGAACAACCUGAUCCGGAGUCUUUUCGAAGCAACGUGUUGCAGAGUGAUGUCCAAUGGGGUCGAAACGCAUUGCAGAAGCUUCUCAAUGUUUUAAGAUUUCGAUAGCUCAUUUACACUAUAAACUAAAUCUUAUAUAGUCUUUUAAGCAGAAUGCACAUUACUAUGCUUCAUUUCUGUUAAAUGAAAGGGUUAGGCUACUGGUACUGCAUUAGUACUGUUAGUAUGUACAUACAAACACUGCUUCCUUUUUUUUCUGUUAGGUUCUUGUGUACUCUACCAUGUGAAGUAACCAUUAUUUUGUACUAUUUGUUUAGGUAGCACUUUGUUUUGUCUUCUGCGUAUAUUUGAGGAAGAGUGUACUGGGAUGCAAGAGAAGGAAAUGUGGUGAUUUUAUGAAAGAGAUGUAUUCAAUCGUUGAUCAAAGAUAGUAUUUGUUCA